AUGUGGUCUCUUCUUCAGCUCAAGUUCUUGUUGAACGUUAGAGACACUGAGAUGAGCAGUUUCCUUGUUGCGAUGGGAGAUGUUUCUCUGAGGAAGACUGGAGUUGAGGAGAAGAGGGCUAAAGCAAAGAAGGAGUCUAAUGUGCUGCUUGAGUAUACGAGGAAAGCGAUUCAGAGGCUGACGUAUUUGAAGAAAAUCCUUGCGCAGCUAGAAGAAGAUGUGGUCCCUUGUGAGUCACAGAUGGAGAAUUGGAAAACGAAUUUGGAAGUAAUGGCGGCUAAGGAGGAUCAGUAUAUACAGCAGUACAAGAAGUAUGAGGACAAAGCUCUGGCUGCACUAGCAAUCGAGGACAAGAAGAGACAGUUUGCAGCCGCGGAAAAGUAUUUAGAAGAAGUAUUACAAUCUGCCCUUGAGACAAACGAUGAGUGA